AUGUCUCUCGUCACUCUCCAUGCGAACCAGCACCCGCAGCUCCCCCAGAGCUCUCAGGUGCUCUUCGGGGCAAAGCAGUUGCGCGGCCUCAGCUUCGAGCAGAUUGCGCAGCACAUUGGACGGAGCGAGGUGGCCACCGCCGCCCUCUUCUACGGGCAGGCCAAGGCCUCGGACGCCGACGUGCAGAAGCUGGCCAGCCUACUGCGGGUGCCCGAGGCCGAGCUCGCGGCGUCGCUGGGCGGCUUCCCGGACCGGGGCCGCUCCGUCGACAUGCCGCCCAAAGACCCGCUCAUCUACCGGCUGUACGAGAUUGUGCAAAACUACGGCUACGCCUAUAAAGCGGUGCUCAACGAGAAGUUUGGCGACGGCAUCAUGAGCGGCGUGUCGUUUUCGACAAAGGUGGACAAGGAGACGGAUGCCCAGGGUAACGAGUGGGCCGUCAUCACGCUGCGGGGGAAAUGGCUCCCGUUCUUGCGGUUUUAG